ACACAAAUAGAGCAAAAAAAGCUUUCUGCAAACACACACAAAAUGGCAGUUAAGAUUUCAGUUUUUCAAUCUCUUGUCUUUCUCUUUUACCGGUUUAUCCUCCGGCGGAAUACUAAAUCAAAAUACCAAAAAUGCCCUUCUACUCUCCUUCAGUCUGACCUAUCACGCGACACAUUGAUAUUUAACUUGGAAAGAUCUCUUCUCAAAUCCGACUCUCUCUUCCCUUACUUCAUGCUAGUAGCGUUCGAGGCGGGAGGGGUGAUAAGGUCAUUUAUCCUCUUCAUUCUCUACCCACUGAUAACCUUGAUGUUGAGCCACGAGAUGGGUGUGAAAGUGAUGGUAAUGGUGAGUUUCUUUGGGAUCAAGAAAGAUGGUUUUAGAGCGGGGGGAGCUGUUUUGCCUAAACAUUUCCUAGAAGAUGUCGGGCUCGAAAUGUUCAAAGUAUUAAGGAAAGGAGGGAAGAGAAUCGUCGUGAGUUAUGACCUUCCUCAAGUUAUGAUCGAAGGGUUCUUGAGAGAUUACUUGGAGGUUGAAGUUGUUGUGGGUAGAGAAAUGAAGGUCGUUGGUGAUUAUUACUUAGGAAUCAUGGAGGAUAAGACCAAACAUGAUCUUGUCUUUGAUGAUUUGGUUCGUAAAGAGAAACUAAACACUGGUCGUGUUAUUGGUAUCACUUCCUACAACACAUCUCUGCACCGAUAUCUAUUCUCUCAGUUUUGCCAGGAGAUUUAUUUUGUGAAGAGAUCCGACAAGAGAACCUGGCAAACCCUACCAAAAAGCCAAUACCCUAAACCACUGUUCUUUCAUGAUGGUCGUCUCGCAAUCAGACCAACCCCAAUGAACACUCUGGCCUUGUUCAUGUGGGGUCCAUUCGCAGUCUUAGCCGCAGCAGCUAGACUCUUUGUCUCUCUUUGUAUCCCUUACACAUUAUCAAUCCCAAUCCUAUGUUUCUCCGGUUGCAGACUAACCUUCGAGAUCGACGAAGUCUCAUCUCAAAAGUUAAACUCUAGUGAACGCAAAGGUUGUCUCUUUGCGUGUAACCACAGAACUUUGUUGGACCCUCUAUACGUUGGAUUCUCUUUAAAAAAGAAAAACAUCAAAACAGUAACGUAUAGUUUGAGUAGAGUCUCGGAGAUUCUAGCUCCCAUCAAAACCGUUAGACUGACUCGUGAUCGUGUCAGCGACGGACAAGCCAUGAAGAAACUAUUGACCGAAGGGGAUCUCGUGGUUUGUCCCGAAGGAACCACUUGUAGAGAACCUUACUUGCUAAGGUUUAGUCCUUUGUUCGCGGAGAUCAGUGACGUCAUCGUUCCCGUGGCAGUUACGUCACCCGCAACCUUCUUCUAUGGUACAACGGCAAGUGGCCUUAAGGCAUUUGACCCGCUCUUCUUCCUCAUGGAUCCUUAUCCAACCUACACAGUCCAGUUUCUUGACCCUGUCUCCGGUGUCACGUGUCAAGAUCCUGAUGGGAAGUUAAAGUUUGAAGUGGCUAAUCAUGUUCAGAGCGCGAUUGGGAAGGCGUUGGAUUUUGAAUGCACCAAUCUCACUAGAAAAGACAAGUAUUUGAUAUUGGCUGGUAAUAAUGGCGUAGUGAAGAAAAAUUAAAUUAUCUUUUUCAGGAUUUGAGUGUGUAAUUUUCGGUGUAAAGUAACCAAAUGCUUCAUUGAUUUUUUUUAUACAUUAUUAUAUGUUACGUAAAUGUUUUUAAAUAAUGUAACGUAAAUGUAUGUGCUCUCUAUU